AGGCAACCGUCAACACGAAUGAACACAACAUAAAUCUUAGACUAUGAAAGAAAUGAACAAGCUCAACUUUACACAAUAAAAAUGCGAACUUUACCUAAAUGGGUUGACAAAAUACAAGACAGUGACAAAGUCGAGCAAUGUAUAUAUGACUUGUGCUUCAACCCUGAGGGCACUCAACUUGUUGUGGCCAGUGGUAAUCGGGUGUUGGUGUAUGAUACAGGCAAUGGAGCUCUAAUACAACCACUAAAGGGCCACAAGGAUAUGGUGUAUUGUGUCGCUUAUGCGAAAAACGGUGAGAAGUUUGCAAGUGGCAGUGCCGACAAAACCGUUAUAGUUUGGUCCAACAAACUUCUGGGCUUACUCAAGUAUAGUCACAGUGAUGCGGUUCAGUGCCUGUCGUAUAAUCCGGUAUCGAACCAGCUUGCAUCGUGCGCACUUACCGAUUUUGCCUUUUGGACUGCGGAACAGAAGGCGGUGCAAAAGCAUAAAGUUACAAGUCGGAUUAAUACGUGUUCGUGGACGAACGACGGUCUGUAUUUAGCUUUGGGGCUGGGAAACGGUAUGAUUUCCAUACGAAAUAAGGAUGGGGAAGAGAAGGGACGAAUCGAACGGCCCGGUAACCCCUCAAUUUGGGCAAUUUCGUGGAGUCCAUCCAAGGACGACCCCGCCGAUAUUUUGUGUGUUACCGAUUGGAGUAACACGCUAUCGUUUUACACGUUGGGGGGUAAAUUAAUAGGGAAAGAGAGACAAAUGGGAUUCGACGCCUUACGAGUGCACUACUUUCCCAAUGGGGAGUACUUAUUAAUUUCUGGUACAAAUAAGACGUGCUGCUUGUAUACACGCGAAGGCAUCAAGCUUGGGAUGGUCGGUGAUCAGCAGCAUUCUUGGGCUUGGUGUUGUGCAGCGCAUCCGAGUGCUAAUUUCAUUGCGGUAGGGUGUCAAGAUGGUACAAUUGCCUAUUACCAAUUGAUUUUUAACACGGUUCACGGCCUUUACAAGGAGAGGUAUGCAUUUCGAGAGCAUAUGACCGAUGUUAUCAUACAGCAUUUGCUCACGGAACAAAAAGUGAGAAUUAAAUGUCGAGAUCUCAUAAGGAAGAUUGCAAUUUACAAGCAUCGCCUUGCCGUGCAAUUGCCAGAACGUAUAGUGAUAUACGAAUUGUACUCGGAGGAUGUCAACGAUAUGCACUAUCGUGUUAAAGAGAAAAUUACUCGUAGAUUGGAUUGUAGUUUACUGGUGGUAUGUGCCGAACAUCUAGUCAUUUGCCAGGAGAAGGAGCUUAGAAGUUUGACGUUUGCUGGUGUUCAAGAAAGAGAUUGGAGUUUUGACAGUUCCAUUAGAUAUAUUAAAGUUAUUGGUGGUUUACCUACAAAGGAGGGUCUCAUAGUGGGUUUAAAGAACGGGGAGGUAUGGCAAAUCCACCUUGAUAACUCUUUCCCAAUAUUAAAAGUAACUGUAAGUGCCGCCGUAAGGUGUUUAGAUUUAAGUCGCAACAAAGAAAAACUGGCGGUAGUGGAUGAGACCGGUCUCUGUCAAGUAUUCGACUCGCACAACGGAGAAUUAUACUUUCAGGAACCCAACACAAAUAGUGCAGUUUGGAACAGCUAUUACGAGGACAUGAUCGCUUUUAGUGGCAAUAACUGCCUUUCAGUUAAAGUUUCCACAUUUACAGCCCACAAACAGCAGCUUGUGGGUUUUGUGGUAGGUUUGACGGGAUCGAGAGUGUUUUGUUUGAAUGGAUCUACGAUAUCGACCUUUGAAUUGCCUUUAAGCGCUCCAAUGUAUCAGUAUAUCGAAAAAAAGAUGUACAACGAAGCUCAUAAGAUUGCGUGUUUAGGAGUUACCAAUGGCGAUUGGGAAGAAUUAGCGUUUGCGGCCUUGGAAGAUUUGGAAUUGGAAGUUGCGAAACUCGCGUUUAUUAAACUACAAGAUUAUAAUUAUCUUGAGUUGAUUGGCGAUAUACAGGAGAGACAAGAGAAGGGCGAAAAUAAUAACGACGUAUUUAUUGGCGAUGUUUUGGCCUACAGAGGUAGAUUUAAGGAAGCAGCGCGUCUGUACGUAAAAGCCGGACAGGAAAACAGGGCGCUCGCCAUGUACACUGAUCUGCGUAUGUUUGAUCUUGCCCAAGAGUACCUAGGCGCGGGUGAUAAUGUCAGUUUGGUACGUCAGAAAGCGGAGUGGGCUAAAAACAUUAACGAACACAAAGCUGCAGUUGAAAUGUUUCUGUCUAUCGGUGAAACGCAGGCUGCGAUUGAGAUAAUGGGCGAGCAAGGUUGGACAGAUCAAUUGGCCGAUCUUGGACGUCGAUUAGAUAAAACCGAUCGUUCGUCGCUAAUAUCAAUAGCAGAGCAUUUAAAACGCCUGAACGACUCAACUAGCGCUGCAGAAAUUUACCGACGGCUAGGUGAUUCCGAGGCCGUCUUGAAAUUACACAUCGACACCAAGCAGUGGGAAGAGGCGUUCGCGCUUGUUAAAAUUCAACCGCAGUACAAGGCGAUGGUUUACGUACCGUACGCGAAUUGGCUCGCAGAAAAUGACAAGUUCGUUCAGUCUCAAAAAGCGUUUUAUCUCGCCGGCCUCCCUGACGAAGCGUUUAAAGUUCUGCAACAACUAACAGAAAAUGCGGUUACUGAAAAUCGAUUUCAGGAUGCUGGUUACUAUUAUUGGAUUUUGGCGGAGCAGUGUUUAGAUUUAUCAAGAGGAGACAAUAAGAAAAAAGAGAAAAUGUUAAAUGGGUAUUACAAGAACGAGCACCUGGCCGAAGUCUACUAUUGUUACAAUGUAAUUCAUCGAUACUUAGAAGAUCCCUUCACCUCAUACAUGCCUGAAGCAUUAUUUAAUAUUUCUCGGUUCCUGAUGGCACAGAUUGCAAAUGAAAAGCCAAAGGGUGUUUCAUUAUUCUCUAUAUUGUACACGCUAGCCAAGCAAUCGCGAUCGUUGGGCGCCAACAAACUAGCAAAACAACUCUUCGAUAAAAUUCAAACACUCAUAAUACCAAUAAAGUUCCAAGAGCAAGUCGAAAUUUCGACCAUCGCCGCACGAGCUAGGGCUUACAGCGAUCCCGAGGACCUUCUACCGAUGUGUUACAGAUGCUCCACCUACAAUCCGCUCGCCGCUAAUAGCAACCGAUGCGUAAAUUGCGGACACAAAUUUAUAUACUCGUUUGUAACGUUCGAAAUUCUGCCUCUGGUCGAAUUCGAAUUGGACGACAACAUUUCGGACUUGGAGGCGAUACGAUUAAUCGAAACGCCGCCGAGUGCCGAAAGUAAAGGGAAGCAGGAGAUAAGCGAGACACACGAAACUUUGCAAUUAGAUUUCGAUACCGAUGACAUAGACGAGGCGUUUACCUCAAAGGUAAUUAAUUACGAUAAAGACGAAAGUAAAUACAAACCAGUCGUGGUUGGUAGGAAAAUUUUGUUAUCCUUGGAUAGUUCAAACGUGCUAGUGUGUAAACGCAAUCCACCUUUGCACUUUCAGUAUUAUCGUAACCUAAUACCCGAUGUUCAAAUCACUCUUUGUUGCUAUUGCUUUAAGUUUUUUCACGUGGAUGACUUUGAGCUGCAAGUACUUCAAAAGGGAUUCUGUCCAUUUUGUAGAGUUACACCUGGUACCCAGACAUCCUUAAGUGAUGAUUUAGAUUUUUAAUUGCCUUGUCCCUAAGUUAACUUAAGUGCAAUACUGUGUUAUAUAUAUAAGAGAAGUCAAAUAAACUUGUACGUCUUUA